GCUCUCUCGUAGCCGCGCCCGUCAUUAAUGGCGAAGAAAGCUUCUCCCCUGCUCCAUUUCGCGCGGCAUUAACCAAGAACAAGAAGGCUUCUCCUUCUGCGAUUUUCUUUUUUUCCGUUUUUUGAAGCUCUAAUGACGAGGGCUUUGGCGACCGGCUCGGCGGUUGAGGGAUUGGAAUGGUGGAAUGGAAUUGAUGAAUCGGAGCAAUGGCAGAAGGGGAUUUAUUCCGCCUUGUCCUCCUCUUAUGGCCUCCUAUCGAUCAUUGCCUUAGUUCAACUUAUUCGGAUUCAAAUAAGAGUGCCAGAGUUCGAGUGGACAACACAAAAGGGGUUCCAUUUGAUGAAUUUCAUUGUAAAUGGAUUGAGGGCUAUUAUCUUUGGGCUUUAUAAGAGUGUCUUCCUCAUUAGACCGAAGGUUCUUGAAAUGGUGGUUAUGGAGAUUCCUGGACUUCUAUUUUUUUCAACGUACACACUGCUUGUUUUAUUUUGGGCAGAGAUAUACCAUCAGGCACGAAGUCUUCCUAUUCGUAAGCUGAAGCCUACUUACUGUAUCAUCAACGGAGUUAUGUACAUUAUACAGAUCUGCAUUUGGAUAAUUGUGAUGUUAGACCAAUCUCCUGGUGCAGUUAUAGCUGCCAAGCUCUUCUUUUCAGUGGUGGCAUUUUCUGCUGCAGUGGGUUUCCUGAUAUAUGGUGGGAGGCUAUUUGUCAUGCUGAGGCAGUUCCCUAUUGAAUCUAGAGGACGCCAAAAAAAGUUGUAUGAGGUUGGUUUUGUGACAUCAAUUUGUUUUAGCUGUUUCUCUAUACGAUGUUUGGUGCUUGCUCUCUCUGCAUUUGACAAGGAUGCAGAUCUUGACGUCCUAGAUCAUCCCAUUCUUAACCUGAUAUACUACCUGUUGGUAGAGAUUGUACCUUCGGCAUUGGUUCUAUUUAUACUGAGGAAACUUCCUCCGAGGCGUAUAUCCGAUCGGUAUCAUCCCAUCGAAUGAAGCUCUCGACAAUUUCUGCUGCAGUUGAUAGCGUUUAUUCCAUCAGCAUUGGUUCUUUAUACUGAGAAAACUUCCUCCAAGGCAUGUACCUGGUCGGUCGGUUUUCGCCCCAUCGAAUGAAAGAUCUCGACAGUUUCUGGCAGCCGAACUCUCCAUUCGAAAUACACCCUACUGAAUGAAGCUCUCAACAAUUUCUGGUCAGCAGAACUCUCCAUUUUUAAUUGUGUAUUUAAUUUUUGUAGACGUUUUGUUCUUUAGGACUUCCAUUGCUGUUUUCUUUUACUUUCCCCCAUUCUUUUGUUGGUCUGUUUUGGCUGCAUUUACCAUACACAUUUUGUGUGGCUUCUAAUUUAAUAUACCUAUUUGUUUCA